AUGGCGGCGGGAUGCGGGGCGGGGUGCUGCGGCUGUUGUUGCGGGGAGAGGGACAGCCGCACCCCGGAGGAGCUGACCAUCCUUGGAGAAACUCAGGAGGAAGAUGAAGAGAUUCUCCCACGUAAGGACUAUGAGAGCUUGGACUACGACCGCUGCAUCAAUGAACCCUACUUGGAAGUACUGGAAAGUCUAGAUAACAGGAGAGCCCGGCGGUACGAAGCAGUGAAGUGGGUGAUGGUCUUUGCUAUUGGAGUUUGUACAGGGCUGGUGGGCCUCUUUGUGGACUUCUUCGUCCGGCUCUUCUCCCAGCUCAAGUUCCGGGUGGUACAGAGCUCGGUGGAGGAGUGCAGCGAGAAGGGCUGCCUGGCCGUCUCCCUGCUGGAGCUCCUGGGCUUCAACAUGACCUUCAUCUUCCUGGCCAGCCUCCUCGUCUUGAUCCAGCCCGUGGCUGCCGGCUCUGGAAUCCCAGAGAUCAAAUGCUACCUGAAUGGGGUGAAGGUGCCCGGGAUCGUCCGGCUCCGGACUCUGGUGUGCAAAGCUCUUGGUGUGCUCUUCAGUGUGGCUGGAGGCCUCUUUGUAGGGAAGGAAGGGCCCAUGAUACACAGCGGGGCCGUGGUGGGGGCCGGCUUGCCUCAGUUCCAGAGCAUCUCCUUAAAGAGGAUCCAGUUUAACUUCCCCUACUUCCGCAGCGACAGGGACAAAAGGGACUUUGUGUCUGCAGGAGCCGCUGCCGGGGUGGCCGCAGCGUUUGGUGCCCCCAUUGGGGGCACGCUGUUCAGCUUGGAGGAGGGUUCGUCCUUCUGGAACCAGGGGCUGACGUGGAAAGUGCUCUUCUGUUCCAUGGCAGCCACCUUCACUCUGAACUUCUUUCGUUCUGGGAUUCAGUUUGGAAGCUGGGGCUCCUUCCAGCUCCCAGGUCUGCUGAACUUUGGGGAGUUUAAGUGCUCGGAAUCGGACAAGAAGUGCCACCUGUGGACGGUCGUGGACUUGGGCUUCUUCAUCCUGAUGGGGGUCGUGGGGGGCCUGCUGGGGGCCACCUUCAACUGCAUCAACAAGCGGCUGGCCAAGUACCGCAUGCGGAACGUGCACCCCAAACCCAAACUGGUCAGAGUCUUGGAGAGCCUGUUGGUGUGUCUAACGACCACCCUUGUGGUCUUUGUCGCUUCCAUGGUUCUAGGGGAAUGCCGCCCGAUGUCUUCCGCCAGCCACGGGGACAACAGCACCGCGGGCCUGCAGGACUCCUCCUCUGAAGAAGUGAAUUCGAGCAUCAAGACCUUUUUCUGCCCCAACGACACUUACAAUGACAUGGCGACGCUUUUCUUCAACCCACAAGAGUCGGCCAUCUUGCAGCUCUUUCACCAGGAGGGUACUUUCAGCCCGGUCACACUUUCCCUGUUCUUCCUUCUCUAUUUCUUACUCUCCUGCUGGACCUAUGGGAUCUCUGUGCCCAGCGGCCUCUUUGUCCCGUCUCUGCUCUGUGGAGCCGCCUUUGGACGCCUGGUCGCCAACCUCCUCAAAAGCUACAUCGGCUUGGACCACAUUUAUUCGGGGACCUUCGCGCUGAUCGGAGCGGCCGCCUUCCUGGGCGGGGUGGUGCGCAUGACCAUCAGCCUGACCGUUAUCCUGAUCGAGUCCACUAAUGAGAUCAGCUACGGGCUCCCCAUCAUGGUCACCCUCAUGGUAGCCAAGUGGACCGGGGACUUCUUCAACAAGGGCAUCUACGACAUCCAUGUGAACUUGCGAGGGGUGCCACUUCUGGAAUGGGAAACCGAAGUGGAAAUGGACAAGCUGAGAGCCGGUGACAUUAUGGAGCCCAACCUGAUGUACGUUUACCCCCACACCCGGAUCCAGUCCCUGGUGAGCAUUCUGCGCACGACGGUCCAUCACGCCUUCCCCGUGGUCACGGAAAACCGGGCCUAUGAGAGGGAGUUCAUGAAAUGGGACCAACUGAUCAGCAACAACAUCAAAUUCAAGAAAUCCAGCAUCCUCACCCGGGCCGGGGAGCAGCGCAAACGCAGCCAGUCCAUGAAAUCCUACCCCUCCAGUGAACUGCGCAACGUGUGUGACGACCACAUCGUGACGGAAGAACCACCGGAGACAGAGGACAUGUUGCAGCAAAUGCUGGAGCGAAGGUACACGCCCUAUCCUAACCUUUACCCGGACCAGUCGCCCAGCGAAGAGUGGACCAUGGAAGAACGCUUCCGGCCUCUGACCUUCCACGGCCUGAUCUUGCGCUCGCAGCUGGUCACCUUGCUUGUGCGGGGCGUCUGUUACUCGGAGAGUCAGUCGAGCGCCAGUCAGCCGCGUCUUUCGUAUGCCGAGAUGGCCGAGGACUACCCUCGCUUCCCCGACAUCCAUGACCUGGACCUCACACUGCUGCAUUUCGGUGACCAGUCCAUGAAACAUUCUCUUACAUUGUUAAAAAGCCCUGGGUCAGGCACCGUGUCAAACAAUUUGAGAAGGGCCAGGUAUGCAGAGUCUACCAGAUCUAUGUGCUUGUGGACGCCCUUGGAGUUUGCAAAGAGGAUGAUCGUCGGCAUCAUUACCCGGCACAACCUGACCCACGAAUACCUGCAGACGAGGCUGCGGCAGCACUUCCAGAGCAUCUGACUCCUUCCGGCACCUUUCCUCCCCUCCCCACCUCCUCCUCCUUCCUUUCCCACUGGUCCCCAGAGCCGGCUUGGUGUGCCCUUCACAAAAGCGGACUGGCGAUGGCCGGCCGGAAAGCGAAGGCGAUGUAGAGGUUCCUGCCCUCGCUGCCCAGUCCUCGGGGCCUCCCUGUCUGUUCUUUGAGGCAGCUGUCGACCUUUUCCAACGAAGCUUUGGAAUGAUACGCCUGGAACGUUUUCCCGACCCAUUCUGUGGGCAUACUCUGAGAACGCUCGUCCCCGUGCCGCAGACGGAAGGAGCCCUGUCCUUCUCUUUGCUCCCGGACUUCCCUGCAGAGGCUGCCUUGCCGCAAACCUGGCUCCCUCGGCCUGAGGACUUAAGAACUCAUUCCACGUUUUUCUUGAUUCCUAACUUAGCCAGUUGCCUCCUGCACAGAGUUAACUUUUUUGAGACGGUUGAGAGAGGGACACACAUUCCCCCCCCUUAAUGGGGGAUUUGGGAUUUCCUGGGACUUGCAUGUGUGUAUGUUUGUGUGUCUCUGUGUUGUAUACAUUUCUUUCCAUUCCACUUACAAUUCCAUCGUUGGGGAAGCCUUCCAAGCCAGGACCUUAGCUGGUGGCACGUCUCCAGGCCAGGCAGCUGACCUCUCUGAGUUGUACAUGGCAAAAAUCAUGUGUUGGAGAGCAAAAUGAACCGUCUUUGGA